AGCAAACCAUCCUGCUAUCCCACGACUUCCGCAUUGUAAAUCCAGUCAACCGUACAGUUGAAGCCCUCAAUACAAACAUACACACACGCACAAACCUGAAAAUCCCAGUAUUGCCGAUUCAAACGAGAUAUCAAAAAACCCGCAAACGUUGAGUCAUCCCAAAGUCGCCUACCACGAUCUCUGUUUACGAGAUGUUUUCGUUCAUUCGUCGUUCUGCGUUCAUCCGAUGCUAGUCGGGUCGGUUCCAAGGCUACCUUGAUUGGAGUUUUGCUUAUUUUUAGAGAUAAGCUAGUUUAGACUUUAGUUGCGCUGUGAUAUCGUCGUAAUUUUAAGCAUAUCAAGAAAAAUGGUUAAAGAGAAUCAUCGGGACUCCACAUCAGCGCGAUACACUUCGCCGCACGAGGCUGACGUGAAAACACUGUGCAAACAAGAGUGUGUGAGAAUCGUCCAUUCAAAAAGGUGUCGCUACGCGCUUAUCCCGCUGGUUUUGUUUUUAACCAUAUUGGUUAUUUACGUGAUAUUCGACUACCCACCUGAACCGCCCCCCUUCUGCGCGACCGCAGCGUGUAUUCGUACCGGGUGGAACCUGAAACAAAGCAUGAAUCUACAGGUAAAACCCUGCGAUGACUUUUACUCGUACGUUUGUGGUGGAAAUUGGACCAAGCCGAGUGAUAAACGGAAGCCCGGCAAUGAGUGGCAGAACCUGUUGGCCGAAAAUGUGUCGCAAUCGGAGCCGAAACCGGUGCAUCAGGCCAAGCAGAUGUUCAACGCGUGCACGGACAGAGGCAAUCGCAUUGUUGAAGGGUACAGCAAGCUUCAAGGUUAUUACACGAGGUUUGGGCUGCCCACGAUUCCAACGGUUUUGAAGCGUUCCGAAGGUUGGACUGUAGAAGAAGAUCUUCCAUUCGACUGGGUUGAUUCUGCAGCUCAAAUCAGGCGUUCACUUGGACUAAAUGUGCUCAUCGGGAUUGACGCUGCCGACACGAACCGACUUGUUUUGGGAUACCCCGAUCUGCCGAAGGGUUGGGAUUACCCGUAAGUCUUGCGCAAUAUUGUUAUUCAUGACGU